UUCAUUCUUCUGUUCAUCUUUCGACCAACCCCCGUCUGUCUUACCCAGUUGGCAGUUCCCCUUUGCAUCUGCUGUUCCGACAAAACUUGCUCGAAUGUCGUCCGCCAAACAUCCCCAUGUCAUUACAUGCAAAGCUGCGGUGGCAUGGGGAGCUGGAGAGUCAUUGGUGAUGGAGCAGGUUGAAGUGAGUCCGCCCCAACCCAUGGAGAUUAGGAUUAAAGUUGUUUCCACCUCUCUCUGCCGCAGCGAUGUCACGGCUUGGCAAUCCCACGCUAUAUUUCCUCGAAUAUUCGGUCAUGAAGCGUCAGGGAUUGUUGAGAGUGUGGGGGAAGGAGUGACAGAAUUUGAAGAAGGGGACCAUGUGCUUACAGUAUUUAUUGGAGAAUGCAUGAAAUGCAGACACUGUACAUCAGGCAAAAGCAACAUCUGUGAAGUACUGGGGUUGGAAAGAAGAGGUGUAAUGCAUAGUGAUCAGAAGACACGCUUCUCGAUAAAUGGAAAGCCCAUUUAUCACUAUUGUGCAGUCUCAAGUUUCAGUGAAUAUACAGUGGUGCACUCUGGAUGUGCUGUCAAAGUGAGCUCACUUGCACCUCUGGAGAAAAUAUGCCUUCUGAGUUGUGGAGUAGCAGCAGGUUUGGGUGCAGCUUGGAAUGUUGCUGAUAUAUCUAAAGGAUCAACUGUGGCGAUUUUUGGACUUGGAACAGUAGGCCUUUCUGUUGCACAAGGAGCCAAACUUCGGGGGGCAUCUCGGAUUAUCGGUGUGGACACUAAUCCUGAGAAGGGUGAAAAAGCAAAAGCUUUCGGAGUAACAGAGUUUCUCAACCCAAAUGACUCUGAUGAACCUUUGCAACAGAUUAUUAAGCGUAUCACUGAUGGAGGGGCAGAUUACUCAUUUGAAUGUAUAGGUGAUACCGGAAUGAUGACUACUGCAUUGCAGUCAUGUUGCGAUGGAUGGGGUUUGACUGUUACUCUUGGUGUACCUAAAGAGAAGCCAGAGAUGAAAGCUCAUUAUGGACUAUUUAUUACUGGAAGAACAUUGAAAGGAUCUCUAUUUGGUGGAUGGAGACCUAAGUCUGAUCUUCCUUCAUUAGUGGACAUGUACACAAAGAAGGAAAUUGAGAUUGAUGAAUUCAUUACUCACAAUAUGCCAUUUGAAGAUAUCAACAAAGCUUUUGAUCUAAUGAAAGAAGGAAGGUGCCUGCGUUGUGUUAUCCACAUGCCAAAGUAGCUUUGGUUGUAUUGGAUUUGAUAUGCAGAAAUAUUGGUGUGGUGCAUGUGAGCAUCUGAUCGUGCUUCUCUGAUUGUUUUGAUGUAAUCAUGUAAAAGUGGUACUUGUGGAGGAUUAGAAGUUAAUACACAACUAUAUUCUUGUGUUAGAACUAGGUAGUCAGGUAAAUUUAAAAUUAUACUCGAUCUAUUUUCUUUUCUUU